AUGGAGGUCGCCCGUACCUCCUUGAUCCAUGCGGCUGCCCCCCACUUUCUGUGGCCGUUUGCGGUCCGGUAUGCUGCGCAUCAGCUCAACCUCUGGCCCCGUGUCUCCAUGCCGGAGACCUCGCCCACGCUGCGGUGGACGGGGGAGGUUGGCGAUGCGUCGCGUUUCCGGGUCUGGGGAUCUCGAGCUUUUGUCCGCGACGCUUCCGCGGACAAGCUCUCCACCCGCGCUGUUCCCUGUGUCUUCCUUGGCUUUGUCCCUGAUGCGCCUGGUUGGCAGUUUUACCACGCCACCUCGCGCCGGGUCCUUGCCUCUCAGGACGUCACUUUUGACGAGUCCGUCCCCUACUACCGCCUCUUCCCCUACCGCACUGCCCCACUCCCCCCCCCGCCUCUCUUCCUCGCACCAGGUGCUGCUGUGGUAGACCCCCUCCCCCCUCAGGGUGCCGCUCCCUCAGGUGUGUCCCAGGUAGACCCGGUUGACCCUGUUGAGGUAGCUGUUGACUCUCGUCCUGCUGGGGGUGCGGAGCCUGGGGGUGCUGAGCCUGGGGGUGCGGAGCCUGCGGUUGCGGAGCCUGGGGGUGCGGAGUCUGGGGGUGCGGAGUCUGGGGGUGCUGAGCCUGGGGGUGCUGAGCUGCAGAGUUCUGGGUCUGGGAGUGCUGAGUCUGGGGGUGCUGAGCCUGGGAGUCCUGCGCCUGGGGGAGCUCUCUCCUCGGAGCGGCUGCGUGAGUGGUACUCAGAGUACUGCAGCCUCCGGAGAGGUGCCUCUGGGACCAGGAGUGCUGCUGCGACUGGUGCUGGUGCCUCCCCUCCUCAGCGGGAGCUGCCCUCUCUUGAGCGGAUCCGCGAGUGGUACGAGCGGCGCUGCACUCUCCGGAGUGGAGCGCCUGGUGUCGCGGACCCUGGUGCUGGAGGUGCUGCUGCUGUUGCUGGAGGCCCUACUCGUACUGCUAGUGCUGCGGACCCUGGGGCUGGAGCUGCUGCUGGUGCUGCGGACCCUGGGGUUGGAGCUGCUGCUGGUACUGCGGACCCUGGAGCUGGAGCUGCUGCUGGUACUGCGGACCCUGGAGCUGGAGCUGCUGCUGGUGCUGCGGACCCUGGAGUUGGAGCUGCUGCUGGUACUGCGGACCCUGGAGCUGGAGCUGCUGCUGGUGCUGCGGACCCUAGCGCUGGAGCUGCUGCUGGUACUGCGGACCCUGGAGCUGGAGCUGCUGCUGGUGCUGCGGACCCUGGAGCUGGAGCUGCUGCUGGUGCUGCGGACCCUGGCGCUGGAGCUGCUGCUGGUGCUGCGGACCCUGGAGCUGGUGCUGCUGGAGCUGCCGCGGGUGCUGGUGCCGUCUCUCCUGGUUCUGGAGUCACUGAGCGGCCCCGACCGUACUUCGUUCCGCUUCUCCAGCAGGUUCUUGGUCAGCCUCCUCCUCCUUGUCCUGCUCCCUCCUUAGAGUGUCCUCCGCCUGUCCCGUCGCAGUCGCAGUUACCGCCUCCCUCGCCGCUCCCCGGUCCUUCUCCUUACACUGGUCCCACAGGAGGUCUUACGGAGCAUCGUGAGCCUGAGUCUCGUCCUGUGUCGCCUGCGUCUCGCUCUGCGUCGCCUGUCCGUGCUGCUCGCACUGGUCGUCGUGUCCCGCGUGAGCGUCCUCCUCCUGUCCCUGGCACUCACUACAUGACUCUGCGUCCCUCCACUGCUCCUCAGCGUGUCCUUCUGCCGUCUCCUCCUGCGUCCUCUCUUCCUGAGCUUCCUGACCCGGAGUCUGACUCCCUUCGUGCUGCCCGUCCUACUGUCACGCGUCUCCUUGCUACUGUUGUCACUGACCCUACCUUUGAGUCCUCUGCUGCGUCUGCUCUCGUCGCUGAGUUAGUUGACUUUGCUGCCGCUUGUCGUCUCGACUACGCCGCUAGCCUAGUUGCUGAGUCUGAGUCUGUCUGUCCUCCGUCCGUCGGGGGUGAGUGUGCUCUUGGCACGGACGUCCUUGAGGACAGGCAGGAGGAGUUCCAGUGCUUUGCUGCUGCUUUACCUCAUCUCGUGUCCAUGCUAGUUGCCCUUGAGGGAGACCCGGAUGCACCAGACAUCCCGACCCCGCGCUCUUACGCAGAGGCGAUAGCGGGUCCCUACUCCUCUCAGUGGCAGACAGCCAUGGACGCAGAGAUGGCUUCCUGGAAGUCCACAGGCACCUACGUCGACGCAGUUCCCCCACCAGGGGCGAACAUCGUCAGUGGCAUGUGGAUUUUCAGGGUGAAGCGGCCGCCGGGUUCUCCGCCUGUCUUCAAGGCGCGUUACGUUGCUCGAGGCUUCAGUCAGCGUGAGGGAGUCGACUUCUUCCAGACCUUCUCCCCCACCCCGAAGAUGACCACUCUUCGGGUACUGCUGCACAUAGCCGCUCAGCGCGACUACGAGCUUCACUCUCUUGACUUCAGCACUGCUUUCUUGCAGGGUAGCCUGCACGAGGAGAUCUGGCUGCGCCGCCCUCCUGGCUUCACUGGGACUUUUCCUCCUGGCACCCAGUGGAGCCUCCGGCGGCCGGUCUACGGUCUCCGCCAGGCACCACGUGAGUGGCACGACACACUGAGGACGACACUUGCGGCACUUGGGUUCGCGCCUUCUACUGCUGACCCGUCGCUGUUUCUGCGCACCGACACUUCGCUGCCGUCGUUCUACAUCCUCGUGUACGUCGACGACUUGGUCUUUGCCACUGCUGACACUCAGGCUCUCGCCCACGUGAAGUCGGAGCUGCAGAAGAGACACACGUGCACAGACCUGGGUGAACUGACAAGCUACCUUGGCUUGCGGAUCACCCGGGACAGAGCAUGGCGCACCAUCACCUUGACUCAGUCACACAUGGUGCAGCAGGUCCUUCAGCGCUUCGGCUUCACGUACUCCUCGCCUCAGUCCACUUCUCUGCCUACCGGUCACUCGCUCUCAGCUCUGCCUUCGGAUGAGUCCGUAGAGCCGAGUGGCCCGUAUCCAGAGCUUGUGGGCUGCCUCAUGUACCUGAUGACCUGCACUCGUCCUGACCUAGCAAAACCUCUUAGCAUCCUCGCACGCUAUGUCGCUCCUGGCCAUCACCGGAAGGAGCACAUGGAUGCCGCUAAGAGGGUGUUGCGCUACUUGUGCAGUACGUCGGGCAUGGGGCUAGUGCUUGGAGGGCGAGACCGAGUUGUUCUCACAGGACACUCAGACGCUUCUUGGGCAGACGACCAGGCCACUCAGCGGUCGUCUCAGGGUUACACCUUCAGCCUUGGCUCCGGUUCAGUUUCUUGGCGUUCUACACGUUCUUCUUCAGUUCUCAGCUCCAGUUGUGAGGCUGAGAUCUACGCCACAGCCAUGGCGGCCCAGGAGCUGCGCUGGCUCACCUACCUGCUGACUGACUUGGGAGAGCGGCCUCGUUCUCCUCCAGUGCUGUACGUCGACAACAAAGCUGCCAUUGCCUUGUGUGAGGAGCACAGACUGGAGCACAGAACGAAGCACAUCGCUCUGCGGUACUUUCUGGCUCGUGAGCUGCAGCAGCGUGGUCAGCUUUGUCUGCGUUACGUGGCCACUCAGGCCAACUCUGCUGACGUGUUCACCAAGGCGCUUCAGCCUUGUGACCAUCAGCGCUUUUGUACUCUUCUAGGCCUUGUGCCUACUGGACCUCACUUGCUUACUUCUUGA